GCUCGGUGCUGCGCGAACAUGGCCGAAGUCGGCGAGGACAGCGGCGCCCGCGCCCUGCUGGCGCUGCGCUCGGCUCCCUGCAGCCCCGUGCUGUGCGCCGCGGCCGCGGCCGCCGCCUUCCCGGCCACCGCGUCCCCGCCGCCGCCGGCGCAGCCUCCGCCCGGGCCGCCCGCGCUGCCCGCUGUGCCCGGCUCCGGCCCGGUGCCCUCCACCACCGCCACUGCCACCACCGCCGCGCCCGCUCUGGUGGCCGCGGCCGCCGCCUCCGUGCGCCAGAGCCCCGGGCCGGUCCUGGCGCGCCUGGAGGGCCGGGAGUUCGAGUUCCUAAUGCGACAGCCCAGCGUCACCAUCGGCCGCAACUCGUCGCAGGGCUCGGUGGACCUGAGCAUGGGCCUGUCGAGCUUCAUCUCCCGGCGCCACCUGCAGCUCAGCUUCCAGGAGCCUCACUUCUAUCUGCGCUGCCUCGGCAAGAACGGUGUCUUCGUGGACGGGGCCUUCCAGAGGCGGGGAGCGCCAGCCCUUCAGUUGCCCCAACAAUGCACCUUCCGGUUCCCGAGCACGGCCAUCAAGAUCCAGUUCACAUCCCUGUACCACAAGGAGGAGGCCCCAGCAUCCCCUCUGCGGCCACUCUACCCUCAGAUCUCCCCACUGAAGAUCCACAUUCCGGAGCCGGACCUCCGGAGUCUCGUCAGCCCCAUCCCUUCCCCAACUGGCACCAUCAGCGUCCCCAACUCCUGUCCAGCCAGUCCCCGAGGAGCUGGGUCAUCAGGUUACCGCUUUGUCCAGAACGUGACUUCAGACCUUCAGCUGGCCGCGGAGUUUGCAGCGAAGGCCGCCUCUGAGCAGCAAGCAGACACGUCUGGUGGGGACAGCCCCAAGGACGAGUCGAAGCCACCGUACUCCUAUGCGCAGCUGAUCGUGCAAGCCAUCUCCUCGGCACAAGACAGGCAGCUAACACUAAGUGGCAUCUACGCCCACAUCACCAAACAUUACCCUUACUACAGGACUGCUGACAAGGGCUGGCAGAACUCCAUCCGACACAACCUCUCUCUUAACCGUUACUUUAUCAAAGUCCCUCGGUCCCAGGAGGAGCCUGGGAAGGGCUCUUUUUGGCGAAUAGACCCAGCUUCUGAAGCCAAACUCGUGGAGCAAGCAUUCCGAAAGCGGAGACAGAGAGGCGUCUCCUGCUUCCGCACCCCUUUCGGGCCUCUGUCGUCGCGGAGUGCUCCAGCUUCACCCACCCACCCUGGACUGAUGUCCCCUCGUUCCAGUGGCCUGCAGACCCCAGAGUGCCUGUCUCGGGAAGGCUCCCCCAUUCCACAUGAUCCCGACUUGGGGUCAAAGUUAGCCUCUGUUCCAGAGUAUCGCUAUUCCCAGAGUGCCCCAGGCUCCCCUGUCAGCGCCCAGCCCGUGAUUAUGGCUGUCCCUCCCCGACCUUCCAACUUAGUGGCUAAGCCUGUCGCCUACAUGCCAGCUUCCAUAGUAACCUCACAGCAGCCCUCAGGCCAUGCUAUCCAUGUGGUGCAGCAGGCCCCCACUGUCACCAUGGUGAGGGUGGUAACCACCUCCGCCAACUCAGCCAACGGGUACAUCCUCGCUAGCCAGGGCUCCGCCGGGGGCUCCCACGACACAGCAGGCACAGCCGUGUUGGACCUGGGCAAUGAGGCAAGAGGUUUGGAAGAGAAACCCACCAUAGCAUUUGCCACAAUCCCUGCAGCCAGCCGAGUUAUCCAGACGGUCGCCAGCCAGAUGGCCCCAGGAGUCCCUGGACACACAGUCACCAUCCUACAGCCAGCUACACCAGUGACUCUCGGGCAGCACCAUCUUCCAGUCCGGGCUGUCACUCAGAACGGAAAGCAUGCUGUGCCCACGAAUAGCUUAACUGGGAACGCUUAUGCCCUCACCAGCCCCCUGCAGCUCCUGGCAGCCCAGGCGAGUUCAUCCACACCAGUGGUCAUCACCCGGGUGUGUGAGGUAGGGCCUGAGGAACCAACAGCAGCCGUCUCGGGGGCCACCAAUGCCACACAGACCCCAGCAACCUCCACUACCACAUCUGCCUCUUCCAGCGGGGAGCCCGAGGUCAAGAGGUCCCGGGUAGAGGAGCCCACUGGGACAGCCACCACACAGCCCACAGCAAUGGCAGCCACUGGCCCACAGGGACCAGGUACCGGCGAGUGAAGUCACCUGCGGGAAGGUGCAGUGGGACUCACGCCACAGGUGCCCAGGUGGCCAGCUGCUGCACUCAAGGACGGAGUAGAGAGGUUGACAGCCGCCUGCAGCACAUGUGCCACGAGGGUGACCGCCACACUUGGACAGUUUCCUUUUUAUCUCUCCUGUCCUCCCAUGGUUUGAAACAAAACACAUAAACACGUUCAGACGACUUGAUUGUAUGAAUCUGGGGGUUCUGUGUGUUUAUUUACCCCUCCCUCAUGCCAUCACCUCUCCACAGUUCUUGUGGGAGAAGGUCUAGCCCAGCUCCUCAGGAACAGAUCCCAGCCAGCACCCUCAAGAAGAGUGAGCCCCAGGAUUGGACAGAAGUGCCACAGCGCAAACCCCGGCUGCUCUCCAUGGGAGCCAUCCACAGACUUCCUGUUUGUAACUCAGUGGGAAUGGACCAGAGAACAGAGAAUGGCGUGCGGCUGGGAUGCAGAGUCUUCUCCCCAAAAGUGACAUAGGUUGUGGCAUUAAUUGGGGUCAGGAGGUUACCUUGGCUUUGGACCCUAAAAUAUUUCUUACAGUUAAACAUGGAAUUUGGGCUCAUCUCAAAACCUGAGACACACAGAAGGGUUCACGUGUCUUUGGGGUUCCCUAUGGUAGCCAGCUGAGCAGUCAGUAGCAGACCCAAGCACUCACCCACACCAGCCCCUGGUGAACAUGCCGCUCUCCCCGAUAACUUCAAGAAGGAUCAGCGGCUCCAACAUUGAUGUUGCAAAGUCCUUUGGCUGGAAAACCAGCCCAGGGCCAGUGGCCGUGGCAUCCAUUCCCACAGCACUGGCUGAACCCAGAGUGGCAAGCUACAACGGACAUCCAGGGAAACCUGGGCAGCUUCAGGGGAUGUCAGCCAGCCCCUUGCUCAGCAGGGAGGAUAUUGGUAUGUGCCCGUGGAAGCUAGCAGGGCAUGUGUCCUGUAUUUCCGGCAGCUGGAGGAUCUGGGCAACCAUCUGCUCACGUUGCCUUCCCCUCACACAUUCCAGUUUCCUGAGCACCCCAAGACGUGUCCAGUUUGCAAAUGGAAACCCUCUCUUCUACCUGAAGCUGGGGGUCCCUGGCCGUUAUCCACCGGAAAGGAAGCUACCUCUCCGGGCAGCAGUUGGUGCCAAGUUUGAUUACAGUGUGGCAAGAACCAAAGUAUGGAGGUCAGCCGAGGACUUGGAUCCCCAGAGGUCCCUUUGCAUGCCCAGACAAGCUACCAGCAGCACUUUCAACAUACACCAAGUCGCAGGAGUAGGAGCCACUGAAUGUUUCCCUCAGCUUGGGAAUGAGAUGGUUCUGCAGAUAGUAACAGCAGCUGCAUGACAGACUUGAAGGCAUCCAGGAGCUCAGUGUUGGUCCUCCUGGAGGGUAGGCCAUAAGCAACAGCCACCGCUUGGACAGAGCCCAGACCUAUCCUUGGCAUCAGACUUCCCACCAGCCUUCUUCCUCUGCCUGGGCCCGGUCAGAAGAGAGAGAGAGCCCCGUGAGCAGAGAGCAGGCAAUCCCAGGAAAGGAAGGGGCCACAGCUGUACAAGCUGCCUUUGCUGGAAGGGAUGCCAGCCAGUGACCUGGAGGCUAUGGGGAGCAGGUGACCAGGUGGGAUGAGUCCAAGCUCCACCCUACGGCUGCCACCACUGAAGCCGCCAGCCCCCCCCCCCCCCCCACAUCAGGGACCAGUGCGGGGUGCCUUCCUCAGCUCUCUUGAGCUGUCAUCCCAGCUCUCCAGCCAGUCGUUUCUGUAGUACUAAACUUCAAGCAGGAAGUAAGCUGUGUUUCGAAGGCCUCCUGUCUGUUGCCUGGGAGGUUUCAGAAAGCUGGGGCUGGGGUGGCAGUGACUGGGGGGAGGGUUUUCCAGGUGGAGCUGUCCCUUGGAAUAAGCAAACGGCCCUGUCCCACAUCUCUCUGUGCCUCGCAUGAACUUGUUCUGUGUGCCUGGUGUGAGCAUGAGGUUAGGGAAGCGGGAAUGGGCUGAGGCCAUAAGGGACAUUAGUGCCACCUGUUGAUUUUCCCUUCAUUAGCCAUUUACUCCAAGGCUGUGCAUGGUCAGUCUGCAAGGCAGAUUAUUUGUGGAUUGUCAUGGUAGGCACUGUGUGCAGCCCCUGCAUGGAACUGUGGGUCACCAUCUGUCGCAUCUGUCAUCGGGUCUCAGUAUGGCUCUCCUGGCUCCUGAGACAUCAUGGUGUCCAUCUUCUGUGGCAGAUCCUCUCAUCAUUACCAAAGGUGUGGAAGGAUGUAGAAGGAGAGAGUGCCACACACACUGUCCUAGUGUCUACAUGACCUUAAGGCCCUAUGCCCCUGGUUGGGCAGCCUGAGCUAGAAAGGAGGAGGCUAGCCUGGUGCCGCUGCUCUGGAAGUGGAUUUGGUCAUCUACCAGGCAGCACCCUAGCUUUUUCCCACAGCCACAGACCCAGAAUAGCCAGUGCUCAGGAAUGCACAGCCAGCUGGAACUCGCUCCCAUGAGCUCUGGGACAUCAGGUAGAGUCCAGCUAAGCUAUGUGUGGAAGCCAGAGCCUGGGUCAGGGGCCAGGAAGACCAUGACCAUCUACUGUGUAGACCAUGGCUGGCAACCCUGGAGGACCUCACCAAACCCUGUGGUUGGGGAAACAGUUCAGGGACAGAUGUGACGCCUGGGGACCUAUUCCUCAGGGUACACAGGGGCUCCCAUCUCUGGCAGAGCUUUAUCUGAGCUUGCCUUGUUUUGGAAAGUUCCCUGGCAGAUCAGGUGCCUGGCUGUCCACACAUCCACUGUCUUCUGUUUUGUGUCUGGGACUCGCCAGACUCACAGAUGCUGCGCGCAUAGGAAGUCACCAUGGUGACUGGAAGUGAAGAGACCCUGCCUGAGAGCCUGCCUGCGCUCUCUCUCUGCUCCUUCUCCCCUGCCCAUCUCCUUCCUCCUCCUCCUCCUUUUUCCCUUCCUCCUUCCCUUUACCUUACCCCUUCUGUUCCUCUUUUGCUCCCUCAUCCUUGCCUCCUCUGUCUUCUCCCCACCUCAGCUUUCAGCCUGGCACCCAGGGCAUGAUAAACAUGUCUGUCAUCAGCUUCUGGAGCCUUGCCUUUGUGCAAGGUGGGGUAUCUGACUCACUAGCCAUAAGGAAGCCCCACAGACCCUUCCCCUGCUUUCCACAUCCUUAUAAUCUAGAGAUCUACCACCUCCCCGUCCUGCCCCUCGCCAGGCUUGCCAGGGUCUGAGAUUAUAGGUGCCACCCAGCCUACCACAGUAUCCCGGGAGAGCCGGAAAGGGGUACGUCCAGGUGAUGGGGUCCGUCUCUUCCUUUAGAGAAACAAGGCAGUGGUAAAGGAGUCCAUGCACGCAGGAAACUUUUCCCAUAGAGAAGAAGCGGUGGUGGAAUGGAAUGCUACUGCUUUUCCUCAAAAACCUCAAAUUCCACAAUGCACCCAUGUGACGUUGCCUACUCUGGGGUGGGCGCCCCCACCUUGCUGACAAGCCCCUCCCUCCCCAUCUGAAUAGCUCAGUGCCUGCUCUAGCGUAAGUCAGAAGGUCUCUAUUCUGGUGAAAGACCCCUUGUGUGGGGAGCAUCACAUCCCAGUCACUAGUGGUAAAGUCACCACAAGUGACAACAGGGUAACCCCUUGUUUGGGUUCAGAGUGACAGAGCGCUUGCCUAGCGCCUCACCUCAGAAUACCUCUGCUUAGAAGCAAUAUACAAAGGGUAAGUCAAGUUGUUCCCAAGAUCACCUCUGCUGACUCCAGCUUCCUCGAGAGCAGGACCUCUGACAUGCACUUUGGCUUGGGGGAGGCAGAUGAGGGCUGGGGACAAACAGUAGCCAAGGCCGCCUCAAUUCCACCUGCCACUUCAGUCCUGUCCCCAACUGAAUGUCCCCUUUCAUCUGUGAGUCCCCUGCCCCAGGCUUUGAAUUCAAGGUGGUUCCUUCUGGGUUUCUGUUUUGUUUCUUGUGGUGCUGGAGACUAAACUCGGGGCUUUGUAUGGGCUAGGUAAGCCCCUAGGCAAGGGUUCCGCUGAGCCACACUCCCAGCCCUUCGGAUUUUUUAAACUUGAGACAGGGUCUCACGAAGCUUCCUAGGCUGGCCUUGAACUUGCAAUCCUCUUGUCUCAGCUUCCUGAAAUGCUGGGUCUAUGUGCCACCAUAGCCCAGUGCUCUUGUCUUUUUGUGUUUUUUUUUCUUCCUCCCUCCCUCCCUCCCUCCUUCUCUCCCUCCUUCCCUCCCUCACCCCCCUCUCUUUCUUUUUUCUGUACCAAAAGCUGCUACAUUGGUAACACAGAGCAAGGUGUGGCCUAGAUGCCUCACAGACUAGCACUUGGCACCCACUUUCCAUAGCCUGUGGUUUGAACAGUUUGGGAAUGUCAUUCUUGGGGUCACUGCUUCCCUCCCUCUGCCCUCCGCAUCGCUAACCCCUGAAGUCACACCUGCUUGGCAAGUGGCGUUCUGUGACCCAGCCUCAGGCCCAUUUCACUGACUUUGUUUAGGGAAAAUAGUUUUCUACUUGUGUUUAAAAAAUACAAAAGCUACUUGAGUGCUCCUAGCUUCUGGUUCUACUUGCUCCUCUGCUCUUCUUUUCCACUGCUCUGAGCUUCUCUCUAGCAGGCUUCAGCUCCGCUGCUGCAGGGAACAUUCUAGAACUACCCUCCAGGCGGCUGGCGCACAACACCCUGGCAGGGCUGUCCCACAGAUGAGGCCAGCCACAUGCCUUAUCCACAGGUACCACCUGGGUGUGAGGCAGGACAGAGGGUCUCCCGAAGUUCUUGGUGAGAGGAAAUGGCUAAUCAGAGGCUAGGGGGAGGUGAGCCAGCAGGAUUGGAAGCUGAGGGCUGCCCUCAGCUCUGUCUUAGCCCUCACAGCUGGUGCAGGCAGGGGUAAAGAGAGCAGAUCUCUUAAUCAUGGGUAUCUCUCUCCAAGAGGAAACUUCACUGGAGGGCUUCACUUACUGUGAAAAGCAGUGUAUGCGUUUCUAUACUUGGGCUCAACCACCAAACACAGGCUUCCUGGGACCCCCAGGACUUCCUCCUUCAUCUGCCCCUAACCCCCGCUUCGUGAGAGUUAGAGGGGUGAGAGAGCUUGCUGCCUUACCUCUGGAAUCCUUGCUGCUCUGACUGUUCACAAGGUGAACCAUGUUGAGGAACCUGGGCCCCAGGAGCCGAGGAGAAGCUUGAGGGUGGACAGUGGCCAGGCUUGCUCCACGCCCUCUGCAUCUGAAGCACUUGCCCUCAUCAGAGCAACCUCAGCACUGUCCCCUGAGUCCCUGGGACUGUGCUGACCCUGCUAGAGUGACCCUCGUGAUCCACUAAGUAUUUAUGUUCUUUGUCCUGUGUGUAUCCACAUGACAAACAUGGCUUCUUGAGUCUGAAUUGGCUGAAACUUUAAUUUUUAAUUGGUAAAAUUGGGAAUAAAAAAAAAAUCUAACAUUUUCAUUUUUGCCCCUCUCUCCCAUCUUUACUUUUUAACAUCCUUUCGGGGGUGGGGGACAUCUGGGAUCCCUGAUAAUACCUUAGCUUGAUUCCUGGGCUGGGAAAAGGUGGUGGGGGCAGGAAGAAGAGACCCAAACUGUCUUCCAGGUCUCUCCUUGAAUUCUGCUGUGUCCUUGGCGGGGCCAGCAGCUGUGCACGUAUGAGGGAGGGGCUAAAGCCGGUAGUGAGGUCUUUCUCUUUCUUAACUGAAUGAUAAUUCUGUAAAAGUAAUUGGGGGGAGGGUGUUCAGGGAGUAUGUGUGUGUGUGUGUGCGCGCGCGCGCGCGCAUGUGUGAUUUUGUUUUUGUUUUUUACAGUGGCUGUCUAAAGUAUUUUCAUGAUAUGUUUAACACGUAGUGCUUUAAAAGCAGUGGUAUCCUAUGCGCUGGGAAUCCUGGUUCCAGAGAUGUGCCCCACCUUGGUGGGUGAAGGUCCCACCCAGGAGGCAGGGGUAAGGCCUGGGGUCAGAAAGGCCUGUGGACCCACAUCCCAAGCAGCACCACCUGGGCAUUCAUUUCAAACAGGAUACAGUAUUUUUUUAUAACAGAACCAUCCUUUUUUUUAAAAAAGAGUUUGACACCUGAAUGUGAUUUCUAACUAUUAUUAGACGUUAAUGUUUUAAAGCUAUAACAAAGUGGAAAUUUUCUACUUCUUUUUCAUCCAUUUGAACUGUUCUUUUAUCUAUUCAAUUGUUGUAUGUGGCUGGGGAAGCUCUGUUUUCUCCUCUUAGCGUUUGUUUCUAUAACCAGAAAUAAAAAUUAUAUAUUAAAGAGAUGUA